AUAGUACGGCAUCCACUAUACAGUACAUUCGCAUAAUUACAUCCUUCGCUUGGCUGGACUACCGAUGGAUCAUGUUGUUCGAGUCAAGAAGGCCGGUGAGUGUGCUCACCUGGGGAGCAACAGCGUCUAGUAUCUGUAAAUUUCCCCGACCCCGAUGACAGGGGCCGCCGUGUGCUCUUAUGUGCUUAUCUGGGAGCAGUACAAGGUCCCUAUGACUCGACCUGGACGUAUAUGAAGAUUUUGACUGGCCGAUCCUCUCUCCAGGUCAUCCAACCACCAUGUCGUUCAGCGUACGCCCUGCAUUGACUGAAGAUCUCCCCGCGAUCACCUCCAUAUACGACCACUAUAUCAACCACUCCGUCGCCACUUUCCGCACAAAGCGCGUCGAGCCAUCCGUCCUUCUCGACACCUAUCGCUCCGCGCAGAACAGCCAGCACCCCUUUCUCGUCGCCGUAUCGCAUGAGGGAACAGAGAUCGUGGGCUACGCCUACGUCUCCGGCUAUAGAGCAUCGCACCCAGCGUACUGGCAUACAGUCGAGUUGUCCAUAUACGUUCAUCCGAAUCACCUGUUCGGCGGAGUAGGCUCGCGGUUGUGGACAGCCCUCGAGGAUGCGUUGCGCCAACGAAAUUGCGCUCUUGUUGACGACAAGGGUCACUCCCCAUCGCUCGACGAAAGGACCAGCCCAGGUGCUACACCCAUCCGUCAUGUCCUAUCGGUCAUGGCGCUCGAUACCGAAGGGAGCGAGGGCGGGUACGGGCUUCGCGACUGGUAUGUGAAGCGAGGCUUCGUACAGAAGGGGCAUUUGGAGGAGGUUGGGUACAAAUUUGGGCGGUGGAUCGACACAAUUAUCCUGCAGCUCACGCUCUAGAAUACUGCUCUUUCGAGGGUGCUGGUGCUGAAGAUGCAAUGCAGAGGGUUCUUAUUAUCAUCUUGUGCGCGACGUACGAAUCCCGCCUCGAUGCGCCUCUUCGGACCGCGACAUGGGGCAAUUGGGGACCGACGGGAUCCGGUGGCCGUUGAAGAUGUAACUCGUCCUACCUAGCCUGUACUCUGCGUGCAGUCGCUUGCAGCACGAAUAGACGUACAUCGUACACCAAGACUGAUCCUACCUCGUCAUCUUGAACAUCGCGUCUGUCCUCAAGUUCGUAUCAGAACAUAGUGCGCACAUGACCGUGUUCAGCUGAGGUUGACCUCACCGACGCGGCCCGCGACGC